AUGGUGCUGUUCCAGCAUCCACAAAAAUCAUCAACUGAUAUUCAUCCCUACGUCUACAAAUCAUUCCUUUGUAUGCAAGUAUCUAAACUUAUAAGCUCUAUUCUUGAGUUGAUGAUCAUCAGAUUACCACAGACAACCAUUCUCACUUCUUACUACAGUACUCUGGAACGUGAUAGUCCACUAAGAAUUUUCGCCUCCGCAUGCUUUUCACUUAACAAUCUUUCUCAACUAUUCACUGUUUUAUUCUGUCUAAUGAGACUUUUGGUUUUUUUGAAUCGUCAAGCACGGUUCGAGAGACUUUAUAUUGCUAUCGAGGCCAUUUUUGACGCUCUUACUGCCACUUGUGUCGUUGUAUUUACUUUAUUAAAGUUGGUGAAACUGAAAAACAUGAAACAGUUAAAGAUGAACCUGAUGAGAUAUACUUUUGUUUUGCCGUAUAAACUUGUCUACUUUUUUGUCUACUUGAUUAUAUUCAACACGUCCACAUACGUGUUUUUUUUUUCGACUUCCCUUUCUUCAUGCGGAAACUCGUCAGGUCAGAAGAAGAAGCGACUACUAGAUAUCUUCAGAAAGGGAUCACAUCAGUUCAACAUGAAUCUUUCAAAUGAGCAAGUUGAAAAGUUUUAUGUCUCCAUCUAUUUGAAUCCAGAGUAUGAGAAUAUCUCGUAUCACUUUGACUAUGUCACUGUCAUUGUGAUAGCCUGUUUUAUCUGUUUUAUUCCAACAAUUUAUGCUACCGUAAGAAUGGUACUGUAUCGACAACCACAGAAAACAUCAACUGAUAUUCAUCCCUACGUCUAUAAAUCAUUCCUUUGUAUGCAAGUAUCUAAAGUUAUCAGCUCUAUCCUUUACUUGAUUGUCAUCAGAAUACCCCAGACCACUAUUCUCACUUCUUACUACAGUACUCUAAAACGUGAUAGUCCACUAAGAAUUUUUGUUGCCGCAUACUUUUCACUUGACAAUCUUUCUCAACUAUUCACUGUUCUAUUUUGUUCAAUAAGACUCCUAGUUUUCAUAAAUAAAGAAGAGCGUUUGGAGAGACUUUAUUCUGUUGUUGAAGUCAUUGUUAACGCAGUCAUUUCUAUUUGUGUCGUUGUGUUGACUUUAUUGAUGCUGAUAAAACUGAAAAACAUGAAACAACUAAGUAGCAUUUCAUCCAAGAACACAAAAGCAGAACGGACAUUAACCAUCACGAUGCUUAUUAUUUUAUUGCCUAUUGUAUUUGAUCAGUUCUUCACUAGGCUUUCUGCUGUUGUCGAAGUAGUUUUCAACGCAGUCAUUUCCAUUUGUGUCGUUGUAUCAACUUUAUUAAUGCUAGUGAAACUGAAAAACAUGAAACAACUAAGUAGUAUUUCAUCCAAAAACACAAAAGCAGAAAAGACACUAACUAUUACGAUGUUUAUUAUUGUAUAUCCUACUGUACUUGAUGAGUUCAUCGCUAGACUUUAUACUGCUGUCGAAGUCAUUUCAUACGCACUCACUACCAUUUGUGUCGUUGUAUUGACUUUGUUAAUGCUGGUGAAACUGAAAAACAUGAAACAACUAAGUAGUAUUUCAUCUAAAAAUACAAAAGCAGAAAAGACAUUAACCAUCACGAUGCUUAUUAUUUUAUUUCCUAUUGUAUUUGAUGAGAUCUUUACUAGUGUCUCGUAUAACAUUGACUUUGUCACUGUCAUUGUGGUAGCCACUUUUAUUUGUUUUAUUCCAACUAUUUAUUCUACCGUAAGAAUGGUACUGUAUCGACAUCCGCAAAAAUCAUCAACUGAUAUCCAUCCCUACGUUUUCAAAUCAUUCAUUUGUAUGCAAGUAUCCGAAGUUCUAUUUACAGUAACUGACUUCGGUGUUGUCAGAAUUGCAUGGACAACAGUUAUGACUUCUUACUACAGUACUUCAGCACCUGAUAGUCCUCUAAGAAUAUUUGUAGCUGCUUUCUAUUCAUUUGCAUAUCUUUCUCAACUAUUCAUUGUUCUAUUCUGUCUUGUGAGACUUCUGGUUUUCAUGAAUAACCAAGAUCGUUCCGAGUUAGCAAGCUUCUUUGCCACAAGUUAUGCAUCCUACAUUAUACUCAUUCGUCUGAUUUCAAUGGAUUGUCGUGUCAAUAUUGUCUCUUGGUAUUUCUAUUGGACUUAUCCUUAUUUCAAAAAGAGUAUAGUUCCGAAAACUGUAAAUGCAUGGUCGGUGACUAAUUGCUGA